AUGUCUGUAGCUCAGCCGCUUGCUGAGAACUCCAACUCUGAGCCGAAGAGAGUCAGGAUAGAAAUCCAACCAGUAUUAAGUUUCUCGGAUGAGGACAAGGUGGGCACCAUACAUCCACAUGAUGAUGCCCUAAUGAUCACCCUCAGGAUAAGAGGGUAUGAUGUGAAGAGGGUGUUGGUGGAUCAAGGCAGUGGGGAAGAAAUUAUGUACCCUGAUUUAUAUAAGGGGCUAAACUUGAAACCUGAGGAUUUGAUAGGUUAUGAUUUACGUCUAUUGGGCUUUGAUGGUAAAGUUGUUAUCCCAAGGGGCCAGAUUAGACUACCCGUGCAGGCAGGUUCAGAGGUGGUGGAGGUGGACUUCAUUGUGGUUGAUGCUUACUCUCCCUACACUGCCAUUGUGGCAAGACCUUGGCUUCAUGCCCUGGGGGCUGUUUCUUCCACCCUCUACUUGAAAGUGAAAUAUCUGUCCGGGGAUCAGGUUGAGAAGCUGGUUGGGAGUCAGUACGUGACUAGGCAGUGCUUGGUGGCUGCAAUUAUGCAUCAGCCUAAAGCUGGGUCCUCGGCCUCUACUGAUAAGGGUUUAUAG